GCGGCGUCAGGAGUAAGGCGCGAGCUUCGUUCCGAGUAAAUCGAAAAUGUGUGUGAUCGCGAUACGCGAAGUCGCCCGUUCCCGUCCGAUUUUCCUUGCAGCGGAGUUGUUUUUCUAAAGAAUAGCCCGAGUUGUGUCGACUUUUUUUGUUUUUCGCCGCGCUGUAGACGCGCGUACGUGAUUUAAUUCAGUUUGUGUGUUACUUAUUGUGUUUGUUGUUCUGGGGACUUUAACUGUUUCGCCUUACAAAUGUCUGUGGUUGGAUUUAAAGCGCUGUUUAUUGUUAUUGACUGACACAACUGAGGCUGAGCUGAAGAAAAGGAAGCUGGCCAACCAUGAUCACCUACAGCAACGAGCAGCUAGCCACAGUGGUAGCCCUCCCAACAGUUACCAUCCUCCUGGUCUGGACGGUGGCGAUCUUCCACAAGAACAGAAAACGUUGGGGACCCUACGACAUCCCCAUAAUCUCGGUUUUGGUGUUGUCCAUCGUCAGGAACCUCACCGUACUUGUGUACCUUCUCUCCGCCACGCUGAUAGAAAGAGACAGCUUCAAUUUGGACUACUGCAGCAUCAUCGUGUGGAUCUUCAACUCGAUCCACACGUUCCAAGCUAGUUCUCUGACGACCAUUGCGGUGAUAGGGUUGUUUUCUGUCAAGUUGCAUCAAAAACAGCAGAAUUUGAGGCAGUUCCUGACCCCCACCCAUAUAAUUUACCACCUAUUUUGCCUUACUACACUCUGCGCUUGCGUUGGGGUGGCAGCCAUCUUAGCCCAAGGUGACAGAGAUGGCGUGUUCGAGAGUUUGUCCAGAGCUUUCGAUGUUAGCCCUUGUAAGUUCAUGCCGUUCGACUUAGACGUUAAAUUCAACGUUUUCAUCCUCGUCUUGCACUUGUUCCUCGCCGUUAUAUCCCUCUUCAGCUUUCUUAUCAUCUGCUACAACUUCUACAGGGCAAAGAGGCCAAGUUUCGACUACAUAAAGAAGUCCAACUCCGACCUAAGCGAUAUGAGCUUGGGAAUGACGAACACGCUGAACGUAAACGUGGCUGAGAGCAACAAACACUUCUACGACACGUAUACCAUAAACAGAGGCCAAACUAACCUGGAAAACAACAACUACUACGACCAGAAUCAGCACCAAGCGCAGAACAGCGCGCAUUAUCAAAACGGGUAUUGUACUACGAGAGACGUGAACUGGAAUUCGGACGUGUCCAACCUGUCGGCCACUGUAAGCUCUACCAACUCCAGGAGGCCUUGUUUGGUGAAUAACCUGCAGGAUAAGGACAUGGGGGAUCUAAAUAGAACAGGUCUGGAGACUAUACACCCGGUGCUGAUCGUGUGCUACCUGUUUUACCAUUUGCCCUUGAUUGUUUUGUGCAUCUAUCCGAAAUUGAUCCACCCCUGGCCUGUAGCCGGCAUAGCCCUCUGGCUGGGUCUGGUGCAGGAUCUGCUCAUUCCCAUAGGGCUGGGCAUAGUCGACUCUAGAUUCUGCAAGUGGGUCACCAAUGUGUACAAGUGCGCUGGAAAGAACGUAGAAGAAAAGCUGCCACAAGUCGGCCUUGACGGAAAGUUUCGACCCUUCGGAUCCACCAGCCAACCUCAGAGUCUAGAGAUCUGCGGACCCGAUCGCAAUGUCAGGCCUUUUCAAGCCGUAGAACACCGUUUUCCCAUCACGAACGGUUCCCUGUACACCAGCAUAGAUGGCAGACUGCCCGUGAUUCACAACUACAGGAGAAACAAAGACCAAAGAGGAGGUGUGAAACAGCAAGAAAAACAGUCCUCUAACGUAGCCCUGCACUCGUCACACAUCAACCGUCAGGACAACCCUCCGAAAUACCCCUCCUGCAGCAACUGCGAGGCCGACCUCUGUCCCAGUCACUCCAACCUGCACCACCUGAGCCCCCAGUACAUCAACAAGCAGCUGAAUUUGCUCCAGCACAACAAGAACCUCAUAAUCACCAAGAACGUGCUGCCGGUGAGGGUCAGUCAAAGCCAGGAGUCCCUCACUUACCUGUCGGAAAUGCAGAACAGGCCUUGUUUCUACAGGAACUCGGACCUGAACUUGAACGGAAGCUCCAACAAUCACAUAAUGAAGAACUCGAGGAAUUUGGUGAGGCUGAACAAGAUGAGGUUGAGUAGGAGCGAAGAUAGUUUGAACGAUCUGCAGGUUAGGGAGCUAGGGAACAUACCGCGCUUGCCCACCCAGAAAGUGGCCCUCCAGCUGGAACCUCGCCUCAAACAAAAACGCCGCAGCUACUGCACCAAAGUAGAGGUCAACAUCCAGAACGGUUACUCCAGCUCGGACGAGGACUACCUCACGGACCCCAACACGGCCCUUCCCAACGACAACUUCGACUCCAUGAGCUCCAAGAGCUGCUACUCCAUCACCACCGAAGCGAACUGCGAUUUCGAGUUCUUUCAGAGCAAGGAACGGCUGGCCGUCGACAUACCCUCGAUAGACGCCAGGAUCAGUCUCCGCGACAGCUAUCUCGGCAAUAGCAGAUCGGAACUGUCGUCGUUCAAGCAAAGCGAUCACCUGUCGUCGAGGAACAGCUCCUUCACGGACCUGGACAAGAAUUUCAGGAUAACCAGGUCCAAUUCGAAGAGGUCUUUGGAGAAUUUCCAGGCGUUUAUAGAAAUAGAAAGCGUGGAUUCGAGGAAUAACAACGGCGUGGGGGAUAAAUCCACCUUGCAGAGAUCCAACUCGUACGCCACGUUAGAAGAUAGGAAGUCGAGGAAACAGAAUUUGUUUAACGUCGAAUCUAAGUUGGAGCGGUCGAAUUUCCGGCCCAAAAUCAAGUCCGUGGAGUAUCUGCCGAAUUCUAAUUCCAGUACGGUGUAUAUAGAAGACGGGACAAAGUACAAUUAUUACUUAGGGGAUAAAAAGGACGUCAACGGACAGAAUAAGUGCAUCGGGAGCGUGCCCGAUUUGAAAAAAGUGUUUAUAUCGGAGUAUAUUUAAAACAAUCGGCGACAGUGCCUGUCAUUUGUCGUCACGGCAGUCCUAGAUGAAGUUUAUCUGUUACGGCUCACGUAAUCGUUAACGUAUGUGGAGAUUUUUUCUUUUCAUUAUAAAAUACUCAUUAAUUAUACAUUGCUGUAAAUAGUAGGGCAUAGUUUGUAAAUAUUUUGUAUUUAUACCACACAAAGAUUACCAACUGUAUAUAAGUUGCUAUCCCUGUAGAUAUGUCUUAAAAUUACCAUGAUUUGUACAUUAUGUGACGAUUUCAUUAA